UAACGUUCGCCAUACGGCACAUGCGUUUGAGUAAUAUUUAAUGGAAAAGCCUUACGUUGUUUGUAGUUACCCCCCACACCCCAAAAUAAAAAAACGUCAGUCGAGUCUGGAUUUGAGCCAUCCCGCCCACAAUACAGGAAGCUGCUUUCCAAUUGGCUGUACGUCAUGACGCAAGGGCGCUUCUUCCGGGUUCGGGUCGCGCGCGUAAAGCCCAAGUUGGAGCCCCGCAGUCAGGCUUGUGCUUGUGUCCCGCUGACGUUUGUGUGCAAGAAAUACGCGAUGGCCUCCACCGCAAAAGCACCGCCGCAGGCCAUAAACUUACCCUGGGUUGAAAAAUACCGACCGCAGAAACUAGACGACCUGAUCUCACACCAAGACAUUCUCGGCACCGUCCAGAAAUUCGUCAGCGAGGGCCGACUGCCGCACCUGCUCUUCUACGGGCCGCCCGGAACCGGCAAGACUUCCGCCAUCUUGGCCUGCGCCAAGCAGCUGUACAAGGACAGGGAGUUCAACUCCAUGGUUCUGGAGCUCAACGCGUCUGACGACCGAGGCAUCGAUGUCGUGCGGGGACCCGUCCUGAGCUUUUCCAGCACCAGAAGCAUCUUCAAGAAAGGCUUCAAGUUGGUGAUACUGGACGAGGCCGACGCCAUGACCCAGGACGCCCAGAAUGCGCUGCGGCGAGUGAUGGAGAAAUACACCGAGAACGCUCGCUUCUGCCUGAUCUGCAACUACCUGUCGAAAAUCAUCCCGGCGCUGCAGUCUCGCUGCACCCGCUUCCGCUUCGGACCGCUGUCGCCGGACCAGAUGAUACCCAGACUGCGGCACGUCGUCCGGCGGGAGAGCAUCGACAUAACUCCAGACGGGAUGAAGGCGCUGGUCACGUUGUCGGCGGGCGACAUGCGAAGAUCGCUCAACAUCCUGCAGAGCACCAGCAUGGCGUACGGCCGCGUGAGCGAGGACACGGUGUACACGUGCACGGGGCACCCGCUACGCUCAGACAUCGCCAACAUCCUCGACUGGUCGCUCAAUAAAGACUUCAACACUGCCUACAAGCAAAUCUUGGAGCUGAAGACGUUGAAAGGUUUGGCGCUGCAAGACAUCCUCACCGAAGUGCACCUGCUCAUCCACAGAGUGGACUUCCCGUCUUCGGUCCGGAUGGGUCUGCUCAUCAGGCUGGCCGACGUGGAGCACCGGCUGGCGUCGGGCACCAACGAGAAGAUCCAGCUGAGCUCCAUGGUGGCGGCGUUCCAGUCCGUCCGCGACCUGGUGGUCGGCGAGGCCCGGUGACGCGGUCGUCAUGACAACCAUGCAAUCGCAACUCUCGUCAGGCUGACGUACAUUCACGCGCAACAACAAAUAAAUGCAAAUGGCACCAAGAUUUGCUUUAUUCAAGUUAGUACUUUUGGGGGGUUUUCAGCAACACAGACUUUUUUUUCCCACAUUAAAAGUAGUUACUUUUUUUAGAAAAAAUUGUAAAAUAGUACAACUUAUUUUCUUUUUUUACAGCCUUUUCCUUUUAACAUUUUCCCUGGAAUAACCAUCUUUUUUCAUUUUAAAAAGACAUGUAAAAACGCAGCUUUUUUCUUUGAAUUGGUUUUUUAAAUUGUUUCUUGUUAAAAUACUGAUUUCUUUUUGGAAAAAGAAAACUUCCUGUUUUUAAAGCCUUUAAAAUACAUUUUCCAUAUACUACCCAGGUUUUUUUAUUUUCAAAAAAGACCCCCCAUCCCCCAAAAAAUCCUUUUGUCUUCAGAAAUGUUUCAAGUAAUACAAGAUUUAAAAAACAAAUCUAUCCAAAAACUAUGAAAAACACUUUCUUUUGAAUUAUUUUUCUUAAAAUGAAGUUCCCGAUAAAGCCCAAUUUGUCUUACAAAUAUUUUUUUUCUUGACUUAACAUAACUGUUUUUUUUUCUUUUUAAAUGACUCAUAAAAACUCCUAGAAGCCUUUUCGUAUGUUUUAUCUAAAAUAAAUGAAGAGUGCAUGACUUCAAAAAGACUUCUCAAUUUUAAAAAAACAUUUCCUUCAAAAUGUUUUUUGUCUCACUCCAGUUAAAACUCUCAGAAGCAUCUUUGUCUAAAAUUAAUCAACAAAUGUGAAGAAAAUGUGCUUUAAUAAUUCAUGUUUUAUAAUUUUAUAUAAGAGCGAGACUUAAAGAUUUUCCUAUCGAAACCCAUUUUGUAACGUUUUAAAAAUGUUUUCCUCCUGUACAAAUGACUUUUCCUUUAAAAGUGACUUUCCCCAAAAAAUAUAUACAAAACAAAUCCCUUUUACUGUUUUCUUUUUUAAAAAAGUUUUUAAAAAAUACUAACCUUAAAGAAAAUGCCCAGUGAUCUUCAUCCCCAACAAUGAAUAAGCAACAAUAUGAAGAAAAUGUGUUUUAGUGUUUUUAAUAAAAGUUAUUGGUGUUUUAUGAACAUGCAGUUACACAGCGAUGGUGCACGACAACGUAAAAACACAACUUCCUAUGUACAAUCAAAUAAAUUAGCAGCCGUAUCAAGUAGUGCUAGUGCAAUAUUAUUCAUGAUUAUCUUUUAAAAAAAACAAAAA